AUGUCAGACUUGUAAUGUCAUUUUGGGAUCAUUGUGUACGUAUGUUCGCGUAACAUUUUUUGCAAAAUUUAUAAUUGAAAGAUGCCGAAAUACUACAGGUUCAGAGCGACGACGCCCACUCGGAAACCGAAACGUAACAAGGACAAAGAAAAGGAGAGAGAAUUAGAGAAAACUAAGUUUGAAGCGGAGAGAAGUUGGCUGGAUUUGACACUAGCUUGCACGCCGGCGCCAUCUUGGUAUUUGCGUCGCACAUCAUGGCGCGAAAGCCCGCCAUUGAUGGGCUUGCCGCGGCAACUGGCUGCCGGCCUCCGGGCCUCACUUCAACUCAGCAAUAGACCUAUCUUUGUAUUUAAAAUUCCAGCCGUUCGCUCCCAAGACGUCAUGCGGCCAUUUUAAAUUGUAAAAAUGUUAAGUGUAAAUUAUAAUUAUUUCAAAGUGUAAACCAACUGUGAUUCGUGUACAUUUUUUUUUUAAUUUCGGUCCAAUGUGAUUGUGAGUAGCGUGCUCUUAUUUUUUUUUUUCGUGUGACAAUGCCUAAACUUCAAUGUUUUGCGAUGGUAUUAAAUUGACUUAAAACUCUCA